AUGCCUGACUCGGCCCCAGGCCAGACACGGCCAGAUGAGGCUCGCUGCUAUAACUGCGGCACCUCGGGCCAUUGGGCUAUCGCAUGUCCAGAGCCUACUCGAGAAACUCCAGCAGGUCUCGCAGCUUGGAGGAAUGCCAAUACUUCGGGUCAAGGGGGCCACAAGGAGCAGCAUGGAGGUUCGAAAAAGUCCAAGGGACCCAUCAUCACCAAUUGUGACCAGAUACGGGCCUCCCCCAGGCUAUGGUCCUCCGCCUGCGCCUUACCCCGGAGCUCCCUCCUAUCCUCCCCAGUACCCUCCAUAUGGAUCUGCGGCUCCUGGUUAUACGCCCGGCUACGCACCUCCAGCCGCCGGGGCCACCACCCUCAUCAUACUCACGGCCAUAUGGUCCUCCACCAACUCCCCGUCAGGAUCAUGCGCCCUACAGCUCGCACCCACCAUAUCAGUCAUAUCCUCCGCCUACGCCCCCGCCAUACGGACAGCAUGCGCCUCCGUACCCCCCUCCCUUUCCUCCUCACAGCCCAUCUCCAGGACCACCUCCCACACCACAGCCCAGCCGAGCAUCGGGAUCACCACCUAUACCACGCCCAAGCACAGUCUCAACGCUUCCCUUGCCACCAUCUCUACCUCCCAAGCCAUCCCUCCCUCCGAAACCACCUCAACCUGGUCGUCGCCGUGAUUUUCCUGACCACUCUCCGGCAACCGGAGCAGAAACCUCACGAAAAUCACCAAAAACCUGAAACAAAAGCUCCAAGUCUUCCGAAACCAAUCCCAUCACCGAAACAGGAGCAAAUAGCACAACCCGCCCCUAAACAAGAAUCGAGCACACCCAUUGAAAAGGUUGAAACGAAAAGGCCUGACACCGAGGUCUCGAAACCUGUUCCACCACAAGUACCUGAUACGACGCCCAAUAAUGCCACUGACGCAGAUGACCUGGAAUGGGAUGAGAAGACAGUCUUCAAGGAGCUAGAAACGGCACAUCCACCAGAUGAAGUGGGCAAGCCUCUGCCUGCAGAGUACAAUGACGAGGUGCUUCUUCCUAGAAAGUGGGAUGCAAAAUGCAUCGAAUCGAACUAUGUCAAGGCUGACAAUAUCGAGGAGUAUGUCAAGCCGAUACAUGAAACGCCGUAUUGGUCAUCGAUCGAAUUCGACCCAGCAUUUGUGCGAGAUGGCAAGCUCCCCAGCGGAGAAGCGGUAUCUAAGCUCCCAGCUGAGUUUCCGACCAAGGGCUCCGAAGCAGUGCGGAGUGAAAGCUCCGAGAGUGGGGAGGUCCAUGAGCAACGCUCCAAACGUGGCCAUUCUAGUGACAAUGACCGUGCCGAGCGACCUCUCAAGAGACAGAGAUCCCAGAGUGCUUCUAACCCCAGCCGCAGAGGAUCAAACGACGGGGAUUCCAGUCGGUGGGACAGGCAGGGGGUCAAGCGCAGAUCACGUCGGGACAGUUCCGGACAUCGGGGAACGGAGGCUCGUGGACAGGAUCGACGAUCUCCCGAAAGAACAAUAUCUUACCAUCGAGAUCGGAGUCGAGAAGAUCGCAGCAGGGGUCGAAGCAGAGAUCGUAGCAGAGGUCGAAGCAGAGACCGCAGCCGUGGUCGCAGUCGAACACGCACUCAUACUCCAGCCUCGCGGUCAGUAUCCAACGCCUCAUCCGGGUUGGACUCGUUGGAAGCCGAGCUACUGGGGCGAGAUACCAAGGCCAAGACUCCUGAGGAAACACCGAAACGAAAGCCAUCUGGGAGUAACAAGCCCAAGCGUCGCCAAACGAAGCUCGACUCUGCAUACAGGCCAUAUCUAGCCAUACACGUUCUCGCCCUCACCUUCUACUCGAAUGGUAUCAUGUUCCUUUUUUGUUCUUCCUCCACGGGACCGCAGCUCUGUUGCGUGACCCUAGGCCAGGCACUGCUCCCUCACGUUUCCUUUUCUCUUCCCACUCGUCAGCUAGGGUCUAAAGCUUUUCCGGAACGGCGCUCUGGUAUUGGUUUACAUUUAACGAUUUCAUGA